UGUGAAGCACUUGAAGAUGCAGCAAGUUUCCAGAGGAGUCCCCAACGUGCAGACAGUUUUGAAGUUCUGAAACGUCUGCCCCGUCUGACCCGUCUGAUCGCCAUUGGGCCAUUGGUCUGGCCGUCCAAGCUCCAAGCUCCCGGCGAGGCCACGGAAGCCGCGUUUGAGCAGGGAGACCAUCGUACAGUUCUUCGGAAAUGGGGCACCCUGCAACGAGCCGGUGAUGUACCAGCACAGACUUUGGUCCAGGUGGUGGAAUCUAUGCAACGCCUCAGGAAAGACAGAAGUUUUAUCCUGGCAGAAGUGAAGGGUCUUGUGUUGAAGAGUACAGUGGCCCAAUCCGUCGAAUACAUGAACGAUCUUUUGACUCCUUUGACCAAGUCGUUGGAUGCCGGGCUGAUAUCCAGCCUGUUGAGUGUCUUCUCGAAAGUUGGUGUACAACCGGACAGCAGGACGUACGACAUCCUCAUUCACUUACACUUUGCAACAAGGAGCUUUGAGGAGGUGAAAGACUUGGCGAAGCACAUGCGUGAGGCUGACUUGCAGCCAACACAGCGGACUACGCUCGUGAUGCUCAAGACUUUCUUGCAGGAGGGUUGUCUCAGUGAGGCGUUGCAAUGCUAUUCUGAACUUCCUGACCUUCCCAAGCAUGUUGGUACACAACUCGUUGAAAUCGCAUGCCGAGACAGGCGGCUGCACGAUAUUUUGCCGAGACUGGCCAGUGGCCAGAUUCCCAUGACAACCGACUCGUUGAACCUCAUGCUGAAUGAAGCUCUACGAAGCGGUCAGCCAGAAGUGGCCAAAAAGGCCUUGGACCUUGCAGAGCAGCAAGGUGUGGAGAAGAACAGCCGCACGUACAGCUUGCUCGUACGCUCUGAAGUGGAUACAACAGAGGUACGGAAAUGGUUGAACGAGGUCAGUGCAACAGGCCAAGUGGAUCCCAUUGUGUCACAAGCCGUCCUGGAAGUUUGCACAAGGACAGGUGAUGUGCAAUUGGCUGAAAGCCUUGCUGCAUUGUUGAAACCCGACGAAAACAGUCAGGCACCCGCUUUCAUGGCCCUGAUCCGCUUCUACACAGAAGCAGGAAAGCCAGAAAAGGCCUUGGAACUCUACGACAGCCUCGUGCACAAGGUUGAUGGGAAGCCGUCUCAAAGACCACCGAUCGAUGGGCGAACGAAGCACUGCAUCCUAACAGCGGCCAGCUCCUGCCAUCGACAGGACAUCGCUGAAGAGCUACAUGAAGCAGAUCCAAUGCGAGGUGUGGCAAUGAUGCGGGGAUGCAGCAAAAGCAACGACCUUGAUGGCGUGUUGAGCUUGUUGGACGGGCCUGGCAAGCUCCCCAGCACUGCUUGGAACAUCGCUUUGGACACCUGCGUUGAGAAUGGUGAGCUCGAAAAGGCUUGGAUGCCUUCGAUACAUGAGCUCCUGCAUCGCGAACGGCUUCGGAAUUUAUGA